AUGGCCAAGCCGACAAGCAAGGAUUCAGGCUUGAAGGAGAAGUUCAGGAUUCUGUUUGGACUGGGAACUCCGCGGCCAAACCCCAGGUCUGCAGAGGGCAAGCAGACGGAGUUUAUCAUCACGGCGGAAAUCCUGAGAGAGCUGAGCGUUGAAUGUGGCCUCAACAAUCGCAUCCGGGUGAUAGGGCAGAUCUGUGAAGUUGCAAAAACGAAGAAGUUUGAAGAGCAUGCAGUGGAAGCGCUCUGGAAGGCCGUCGAGGACAUGCUGCAGCCAGAGCGGCCACCGGAGGCCCGGCAUGCGGUGCUGGCUCUGCUGAAGGCCAUCGUGCAGGGGCAGGGGGACCGCUUGGGCGUUCUCAGGGCCCUCUUCUUUAAGGUCAUCAAGGAUUACCCCUCUAAUGAAGAUCUCCAUGAAAGACUGGAAGUUUUCAAGGCCCUCACAGACAAUGGGAGACACAUCACAUAUUUGGAAGAAGAACUGGCUGGGUUUGUGCUGCAGUGGAUGGACAUCGGCCUGUCCUCAGAGUUCCUUCUGGUGCUUGUGAACUUGGUCAAAUUCAACAGCUGUUACCUGGAUGAAUACAUCGCAUCAAUGGUCCACAUGAUCUGCCUGCUGUGCGUCCAGACUGUGUCCUCCGUGGACAUAGAGGUCUCUCUGCAGGUGCUGGACGCCGUCGUCUGCUACAACUGCCUGCCGGCUGAGAGCCUGCCCCUGUUCAUCGUCACUCUCUGUCGUACCGUCAACGUCAAGGAGCUCUGUGAGCCUUGUUGGAAGCUGAUGCGUAAUCUUCUGGGCACCCACCUGGGUCACAGUGCCAUCUACAACAUGUGCCGCAUCAUGGAGGACAGAGCCUACAUGGAAGAUGCCCCGCUGCUGAGAGGGGCCGUGUUCUUUGUGGGCAUGGCUCUCUGGGGGGCGCACCGACUCUACUCGCUCAAGAACUCCCCAACAUCUGUGCUGCCGUCGUUUUACGAGGCCAUGACCUGUCCGAACGAGGUGGUGUCCUACGAAAUCGUCCUGUCUGUCACCAGACUCAUCAAGAAGUACCGGAGGGAGCUCCAGGCUGUGACGUGGGAUAUCCUGCUGGACAUCAUCGAACGUCUGCUGCAGCAGCUCCAGAGCCUGGACAGCCCGGAGCUCAGAGCCAUCGUCCAUGACCUGCUGACCACAGUGGAGGAGCUGUGUGACCAGAAUGAGUUCCACGGCUCGCACGAGAGAUACUUCGAGCUCGUCGAGAGAUGUGCAGACCAGAGGCCGGAGGAGCUGAUCAGCUCGGUGGUCAUCUCUCAGCUCUCCCACAUCCCGGAGGACAAAGACCCCCAAGUCCGGAAACUGGCCACCCAGUUGCUGGUGGACCUGGCCGAAGGCUGUCACACCCACCACUUCAACAGCCUGCUGGACAUUGUGGAGAAGGUGAUGGCCCGCUCCCUUUCCGCACCCCCUGAGCUGGAGGAAAGAGAUGUGGUGGCAUAUUCAGCCUCCUUAGAGGAUGUGAAGACUGCCGUCUUGGGGCUCCUGGUGAUCCUUCAGACCAAGCUGUACGCCUUGCCUGCCAGCCACGCGGUGCGUGUGUACGAGACCCUCGUCAGCCACCUGCAGCUCCACUACAAGCACGGCUAUACCCUGCCCAUCGCCAGUAGCAUCCGGCUGCAGGCCUUUGACUUCCUGCUGCUGCUGAGGGCGGACUCCCUGCACCGCCUCGGCCUGCCCAGCAAGGACGGGGCUGUGAGGUUCAGCCCCUACUGCGUCUGCGACUCCACGGAGCCAGAGAGAGGCUCUGAGAAGAAGGCCGGCGGCCCCCUGUCGCCUCCCACCGGGCCGUCCGGCCCAGCACCUGCCGGUCCCGCUGUGCGGCUUGGCUCCCUGCCCUAUUCCCUGCUCUUCCGGGUCCUGCUGCAGUGCUUGAAGCAGGAGACGGACUGGAAGGUGCUGAAGCUUGUUCUCGGCAAGCUGCCCGAGUCCCUGCGCUUCAAGGUCCUCAUCUUCACGUCCCCGUGCAGCGUCGACCAGCUGUCUUCCGCCCUCUGCUCCAUGCUUUCAGGUCCCAGAACUCUGGAGCGGCUCCGAGGCACCCCGGAAGGUUUCUCCAGGACCGACCUGCACCUGGCUGUGGUUCCUGUGCUGACGGCGUUAAUCUCUUACCAUAACUAUUUGGACAAAGCCAGACAGCGGGAGAUGGUGUACUGCCUGGAGCAAGGCCUGAUCUACCGCUGUGCCAGCCAGUGCGUGGUGGCCCUGGCCGUGUGCAGCGUCGAAAUGCCCGACAUCAUCAUCAAGGCGCUGCCUGUCUUGGUCGUGAAGCUCACACACAUUUCGGCCACAGCCAGCAUGGCCAUUCCACUCCUCGAAUUCCUGUCAACUCUGGCCAGGCUGCCUCACCUCUACAGGAACUUUGCCGCUGAGCAGUACGCGAGUGUGUUUGCCAUCUCCCUGCCGUACACCAACCCCUCCAAGUUUAAUCAGUACAUCGUGUGCCUGGCCCAUCACGUCAUAGCCAUGUGGUUCAUUAGAUGCCGUCUGCCUUUUCGGAAGGAUUUUGUUCCUUAUAUCACUAAGGGCCUACGCUCCAAUGUCCUCCUGUCUUUUGACGACACCCCGGAGAAGGACAGCUUCAGAGCGCGGAGCACCAGUCUCAACGAGAGGCCCAAGAGUUUGAGGAUAGCCAGACCCCCCAAACAAGGCUUGAAUAACUCCCCACCCGUGAGAGAAUUCCAGGAGAGCUCUGCAGCCGACGCCUUCCGGUGCCGCAGCAUCAGUGUGUCUGAACAUGUGGUCCGCAGCAGGAUCCAGACGUCCCUCACGAGUGCCAGCUUGGGGUCUGCGGAUGAGAACUCAAUGGCCCAGGCUGACGACAACUUGAAAAAUCUCCACCUGGAGCUCACGGAGACUUGUCUGGACAUGAUGGCCAGAUACGUGUUCUCCAACUUCACGGCGGUCCCCAAGAGGUCCCCCGUAGGGGAGUUCCUCUUGGCUGGCGGCAGGACCAAGACCUGGCUGGUUGGAAACAAGCUCGUCACCGUGACGACGAGCGUGGGGACCGGAACCCGGUCACUGCUGGGCUUGGACUCAGGAGAGCUGCAGGGCAGCCCAGAGCUGAGCUCUGACCCCGGUGCGCACGUGAGGCAGACAGAGGAGGCGCCUGCCAAGUUGGAGUCCCAGGCUGGGCAGCAGGUGUGCCGUGGGGCCCGGGACCGCGUCCGCUCCAUGUCUGGGGGCCACGGCCUUCGUGUUGGUGCCUUGGACGCUCCAGCCACCCACUGCCCAGGCUCACAGACCACACCAGCCAGCACGUCCGAGAGGGCCUCGGCUGCCGCCCAGCUCCCGGCGCAGGAGAAGACGAGCCUGGCGGCCUACGUACCCCUGCUGACCCAGGGCUGGGCGGAGAUCUUGGUCCGGAGGCCCACGGGGAACACCAGCUGGCUGAUGAGCCUGGAGAACCCCCUCAGCCCCUUCUCCUCGGACAUCAACAACAUGCCCCUGCAGGAGCUGUCCAACGCCCUCAUGGCCGCUGAGCGCUUCAAGGAGCGUCGUGACACGGCCCUGUACAAGUCACUUUCGGUGCCGGCGGCCGGCUCCGCCAAGCCCCCUCCGCCCCCACGUUCUAACACAGUGGCCUCUUUCUCCUCCCUGUACCAGACCAGUUGCCAAGGAGAGCUGCACAGGAGCAUUUCCUGGGCAGACUCCGCGGUGGUUCUGGAGGAGGGAAGUCCCAGCGAGACUGAUUUACCAGGCGAGCCCACUGAGCUGGAGGACUUUGAGGCCACCCUGGGCCCAGAGAGGCGCUGUCGGCGCCCUGAAGCCUACAGUAGAUCGUCUUCCAGCUCCAGCCAAGAGGAGAAGUCUUUCGCCGCAGAGGAGGUGGCUGCCGGAGGGCUCCCCAUCGGGCGGGCCGUGUCUGCCGAGGGAGCCCGGCCCUCUGCGGGGCUCUCCUUCCAGCCCGCCCAGCCCCUCAGCAAGUCUAGCUCCUCGCCGGAGCUGCAGACCCUGCAGGAUACACUUGGGGACCCUGGGGACAAGGCCGACGUUGGCCGGCUAAGCCCCGAGGCCAAGGCCCGCUCACAGUCCGGGACUCUGGAUGGGGCAGGUGCCACCUGGUCAACCCCAGGUGAAGAGAGUCAGGGCCGGGGCCCUGCAAGGCCCGAGGGUCCCUUGCCUUCUGGCUGUCCCCGUUCCCCCGGUGGCCUGCGUCCCAGAGGCUACACCAUUUCGGAUUCAGCCCCGUCACGCAGAGGCAAGAGGGUAGAGCGGGACGCCUUCAAGAGCAGAGCUGGGGCCUCCAAUACUGAGAAGGUGCCGGGCAUCAACCCCAGCUUCGUGUUCCUGCAGCUCUACCACUCUCCUUUCUUUGGCGACGAGUCCAACAAGCCGAUCCUUCUGCCUAACGAGGUAUGUUCCUUCGAGCGGUCGGUGCAGCUCCUCGACCAGAUCCCAUCCUACGACACGCACAAGAUCGCGGUCCUGUACGUGGGAGAAGGCCAGAGCAGCAGCGAGCUCGCCAUCCUGUCCAACGAGCACGGCUCGUACCGGUACACAGAGUUCCUGACGGGCCUGGGCAAGCUCAUCGAGCUCAAGGACUGCCAGCCGGAUAAGGUGUACCUGGGCGGUCUGGACGUGUGCGGGGAGGACGGCCAGUUCACCUACUGCUGGCACGAUGACAUCAUGCAGGGUAUGCGCCUUCCGCCGGGCCAGUUCAACUUCGUCCACGUGAUCAUCACCCCCCUGGACUACGAGUGCAACCUGGUGUCGCUGCAGUGCAGGAAGGACAUGGAGGGCCUCGUGGACACCAGCGUGGCCAAGAUCGUGUCUGAUCGCAACCUGCCCUUCGUGGCCCGUCAGAUGGCUCUGCACGCCAACAUGGCCUCCCAGGUGCACCAUAGCCGCUCCAACCCCACGGAUAUCUACCCGUCCAAGUGGAUCGCCAGGCUCCGUCACAUCAAGCGGCUGCGCCACCGGAUCCGUGAGGAAGCCCACUACUCCAACCCCAGCCUGCCGCUGACGCAGACGCACCCUCCGGGCCACGCCAAGGCCCCGGCCCCGGCCGAGCCCAUGCCCACGUACGAGACGGGCCAGCGGAAGCGCCUCAUCUCCUCUGUGGAUGACUUCACCGAGUUCGUGUGAGCCGGGUCCCGUGCCCCGCUGUUAUAUGCGCAAAUGAAAUA